AAUGUAACCCUACACCAGAACCCCACAUUUCCCUAACGCGGCCCAGUUAUACUGGAUAAGGCGCAGUAUGUUACCCACUCUAGCAUAAUAUCACAAAGGGAUAGCUUUUCAUUGCCUUCCCAUUCUUUCUGUGCUCUCACUUCCUGCAAGUGUUCUCUGCGCUUCCCUUAUUGAUCAUGUGAUGUCAGCGAUUGCAUUGGUCAGUUGCAGUGACAGGAAGUAGACGCUGUUAUGCAGAAGGCAGCCAGUAGCAGAUGGAAGGAUGACCACCCUGACCCGUCAAGAUCUGAACUUUGGACAGGUUGUUGCAGAUAUAUUGUGUGAAUUUCUAGAGGUGGCUGUUCAUCUAAUCCUUUAUGUCAGAGAGGUUUAUCCUACUGGGAUCUUCCAAAAGAGAAAGAAAUAUAAUGUCCCAGUACAGAUGUCAUGUCACCCUGAAUUGAAUCGUUACAUCCAGGACACUCUUCACUGUGUAAAACCUCUCAUUGAGAAGAAUGAUGUGGAGAAAGUGGUGGUAGUUAUUCUAGAUAAGGAACACCAUCCCGUCGAGCGAUUUGUCUUUGAAAUUGCACAACCACCCUUGCUUUCUAUCAGUUCUGAUUCUCUGUUGUCUCACGUUGAGCAGUUACUCCGUGCCUUUAUCCUGAAGAUCAGUGUGUGCGAUGCUGUCUUAGACAACAAUCCCCCAGGCUGUACAUUUACAUUGCUUGUUCACACUAGAGAAGCUGCUACACGAAAUAUGGAGAAAAUUCAAGUUAUAAAGGAUUUCCCAUGGAUCCUGGCAGAUGAACAAGAUGUACACAUGCAGGAACCUCGACUUAUACCGCUGAAGACAAUGACCUCUGAUAUAUUAAAGAUGCAGCUUUAUGUAGAAGAAAGAGCACAAAAAAGUACUUGAUGUUUUAUCCAGAUCUACACUUCUGCAUUCACAUACUGCUGAAGUGUUCUCUACAUCAGCAACAGAAAACAUCGAGCCAUAAGACCGAAUUGUGAAUAUCUUUACAGAAUGAUUCAGUGCUGUGUAUGACAUUUGUAUUUUCAGAUUGUCAGGAGAGGAGGCUAGAUCUUGCCAAUUUGCCCUUUUUUUAAAUGUAGUGCUGCUUGUCUGUCAAUGUUGUAGUGUAUUAUAUUUUAUGUACAUUUUAAAGAGAUCCUGCCUGGAGCACUGACCUUUGCCUUCAUUUUUUUUAUGAUGCAUAUCAAUUACAAAGGCAAAGUUAUACAUACAGACUUAAUUUUAGAAGCUGUUCCACUGUGCUUAUAAUUUAACAAAUUACAGUCCAUGAUAUUGUGUAAGACACUAGAUACUUAUUGUUGAUACCUUUGUGGAACAAAUUAUUCGGUUUAAGACAUGUGUAGAUAACAGCAUUAAAAGUUGUCUGCCAUUUGUGAGUUAGUGGCAAAAUUAUUUUUUUCCACAAACCUUCAGGGUAAAAUAAUGUUUCUCCACUGAUGAGGCCACAGCAUGUAACUAGACAUCCGUCUAGAUUUAGAGUUGGGUGUAUGGUGCCCCCACAUAAGGAUGCAGGCAGUGAGCAAGGCAAUUUUUUUAUAUAUAAAAGUCUACCUGCAAGAGUUGCCUGACUGGGCAUAACUAUAGAAGGCUCAAAGAGUGUAAAGCUGACUUUAAAUACUUUAUAAAAAAUUUUCUCUGUUAUUUAAUAAACAUUUUUUUUUUCAAUAAA